AACGCUGGGAGACAUGAGGGUCCUGUUGGUGGUCGCCCUGGUGGUCGCAGCAGCAGCAGCGGUAGAAAACAACGAAACGGAUGAGAAGAUCAUCAUCGCGAGAGGAAAACUUCUGGCCCCUAGCGUGGUUGGAUGAGGUAUCAAGAAAAUGCCGGAGCUCCAUGGCUUUCUCAUGGAACGCUGGGCUUUAUAUCACAACCUGGAGUACGAUUCCUCAGAGGAGAUCAACCCCAGCCUGAUUUUCUAUAACGACCAGGACCAAGUGGUCAAGACGGUUCCCGUGAAGGACAUGACGGCGGACGAGAUGAGCCGCCUGCUGGACUCACUGGGCUUCUACAAGCGGGCCCAGAAGGGGGACCAGAUCCCGGAGGAGUUCCAGCACUUCCCCCUGCGCGCCCCCCGGGACGAGCUUUGACUCGGAAUGAGACCUUGCAGCCGCGUCCCGAGCUUCCAGCAUCUGUGACGAACGAGACCUCAAGGCCCCUAAAGAGGACCCGGUCCCGUUCUGAAGACUCGCUGGACCGGGACGCAGUCUGCAGAGAUCCAAAACUGAA